AAAAUACAAACAAACUUAUUUAUUACUGACAUCUUUCCUGUUGUUAUCUGCCUGACUUACAUUGCCCAGGAAAGCAUGUCAAAAGUCCCAUAGGGCGACAUUUCCUGACCCGCUACAGACUGUAGAAAAAACAUACGAAGUACGCGACUCUUAUCGUCAAUCCCAACUCCCGGGAAAAGAACCCACAAACUUACCUCAGAACGGAGUCCCGAGUGGGACCCCGUUGACUCUCUGCUCUCUGGCCAGACCAAUCAACAAGAUUCCAUUUGUGAAUCUAAUCGCCGACCCUGAGCUUUAAGCUUCGAGCAAGAAUUCUUCUCGUCCUCCUCCACGCCGAACCGAGUUUGUUCCGAACUUGUUGACUCUCCUUAGCUGUCAAGUCUCUUUCUGUCUUUUUCCCACAGCAUAUCCAUCUCUCCUUAGUCCUCAUAUUCCUUCCAAAAACCCUGUAUUAUCUACCGUUGAAGUCAGAGACCUCAAUUUUAAUCACAAUCCCAAGAUGGCUUUUGCAUCUCGUCAAAUGCUCCGGGCUGCGUCCCGCACCAGCACCCGCGCCGCCUUCGCCCCUGCUGCAUCCCGUGGCCUUGCUGCCCGCACCAUUGCCGGCCGCCGCUUCUACUCGUCGUCUUCGUCCGAGCCCGCCAAGGCCUCGUCGUCCAACCUCGGCUGGAUCGCUGGUGCCCUCGCCGCCGCUGCUGCUGGUGCCGGAUACUGGUACACUCAGAACGGUGGCGCCGGCAAGCUCACCAAGCCCGAGUUCAAGGACUACCAGGCCGUAUACAACGACAUUGCCAACCGCCUCGAGGAGAACCCCGACUACGACGAUGGUAGCUACGGUCCCGUCCUGGUCCGCCUGGCUUGGCACGCCAGUGGCACCUACGACAAGGAGACUGGCACUGGUGGCAGCAACGGUGCCACCAUGCGCUUCUCGCCUGAGGGUAGCCACGGUGCCAAUGCUGGUCUGAAGGCCGCUCGUGACUUCCUGGAGCCUAUCAAGGCCAAGUACCCCUGGAUCACCUACUCUGACCUCUGGAUCCUUGGAGGCGUCUGCGCCAUCCAGGAGAUGCUGGGCCCCAAGAUCCCCUACCGCCCUGGCCGCUCCGACAAGGACGCCGCCGCCUGCACUCCCGACGGUCGCCUGCCCGACGCCGCCCAGCGCCAGGACCACGUCCGCAACAUCUUUUACCGCAUGGGCUUCAACGACCAGGAGAUUGUCGCCCUGGCCGGCGCCCACGCCCUGGGUCGCUGCCACACCGACCGCAGUGGUUUCGACGGCCCCUGGACCUUUUCGCCUACCGUCCUGACCAACGACUACUUCAAGCUGCUGCUGAACGAGAAGUGGGAGUACAAGAAGUGGGAUGGUCCUAAGCAGUACGUCGACAGCAAGACCAAGUCCCUCAUGAUGCUGCCCGCCGACAUGUGCCUCAUCGAGGACAAGAAGUUCAAGGAGUGGACCAAGAAGUACGCCGAGGACAAUGACCUGUUCUUCAAGGACUUCGCUGCCGCCGUGCUCAAGCUGUUUGAGCUCGGUGUUCCCUUUGCCGAGGGUACCGAGAACCAGAGGUGGACCUUCAAGUCUACCAACGAGUAAAAAUAAAAAAAAAUAAAAAGAAGCAACUCGAGGGAUCGGAACCGAAUGGAGAAGAGGGACUUUUUAUGAUAGACAUUGUUAGAAAUUUUUUCUUUUAGAGGGUUAGAUGUGGACCACUCCAUAUACCCAGAUGGGGGGUGGCGGAGGUUGAGACGGCGGGGAGAAAGCUACUCUCCCAAGACUUGUAUAAAGGCAGAAGCGGUCAUCGCGACCAUCUUUCUCAAAUAUCUCUUUUGUGUAAAGAGUGUACAAAUACAGUACUUUUAGGAAACGUUCUCCCGCCGCUGAUGCCCAAUGUUUUAUGAUCGAGAGUGAGUAAUGACGUUGGAAUAAGGCUGGUACGGAAUGUUUCGUUUGAUGGGGUAUUCGGAGGUUUCCACGACUUGCAGGUGUCCUUUCCUUGCCUUUCGCUUGGCUGCAUCACAUCCCCGCAGAGGCGAGGAGGAGGAGCGCCAAGACUUGACAGGUACAUGGUUCCCCGCAUCCUUCUUUUUCAACCCCGACGGGGUUAAGAUGAUGCUACGAUGAUGUGCCUUGAUUCUCAGUCAUUGAAUAGGAUGUUACAGAGAUAUGGGUUGCCCGG